AUGUUGCGCAUCAUUUAGCAACUCUCAUUUCAUCGCAUUUUCAGCUUUCAUACCAUAGCUCCAACAAAACUUUUUAUCUGGCGGAUAUGAUUCUCUUUUCGGCAUUGAUUGCAGAAAGUCUUCAGAAGACUCCAUUCCACUGCUCCGGUUUGCAAUCAUUUCUCCUAAGUAUCUGGUGCCUGGAAUUAUCACUGGGAAGGAUGACAUGGCGUUGGAAACAUCCGUGCAAUCUUUUUCAAUCUGUCGUAGCAAGGACUCCUUAGAGAUACUUAGCACCAUGUCGCACAUUUCAUCGAACGUUAUCUAUUAGAAAGAUUUUUAGAGAGAAAAUAAAACACUCUCCAAGAUCUGGAUCGAACGUAAGGAUUGGAGAAGAGAAGAGUUCAUUCAAAUCUCACUGACUGUAGAUGAAUAUGGUGGUUUUGGUUGAUCCGAAAGCCCGCCCUGCGCAUGCAUUUGCGUUCCUCUGCAGUCUUUAAAUCCGCCGCCCUUCUGGAAGGUUCCAAGGACUCAUCAACAGAGCAUAAUGGUCCAUGCAACUAAAAAAGCGUCUAUAUUUCCUGAGGAAUUGAUAAUGGAGUUGAGCCCGGAUGGUCAUCAGUGGAUAUCUAAUGUCCUUUUUUUUUUUGGUGAUGUCUUGUGUUCAUUUAGAUUUUGCAAAUCUUUGUACCUUAAGUGUUAAUUGUACC